AUGUUGCUCGAGGAGGAGCCAGCUACUCUCAUCCACGCCACGAUCGACAACUUCAACAUCAACCAAGACCGGCUCGCAGUGGCGAGAAUCGGCGAAUCUCUGUCCACGCUUCAGCAAGCCCGGGACCUGCACCUCCGGGACGAGGAGACGUCGCUCAAGAAGCUCAACCGGCAGCUCAACACCUUCACAUCCCAGUACGAGGACCUCUCGACGGCGCACUCGUCCGCCGACCACGCCUCCAAGAUCUCGCGGCUGGACACCAAGAAGUUCCGGACGGCCAAGGCCGCGAGCGACGCGGAGAUGGAGGCCGAGCGCCUGGCGCAGCAGGCCGCGGACCUCAACGCCCGGCUGCAGGAGCUGGAGCUGCAAGGGGUCGAGGGCGACGAGGCCGCGAGGCGGCGGGACGCGGUGGAUGACGAGGUCCUCCUGCGGCUCAAGGUGUACCGGAGCCUCGGGAUCGAUAUUGAGCGCGACGAGAGGGACGGGGAGUGGUCCAAGGCGGUAGUGAGGAACGACCGCAAGGGGGACGUGCACGUGGUCAACAUGGACAAGAAGUUCUCGCGGUACUUUUAUGCCAAUUACUUCUGGUCAACGUUGUAA